GAAGAUCGAAGGUUCGAACCGAGGGGCGCGCAGCGCUUGGCCCCGAAGGAAGAAGAAGAAGGACGUUCUCAUCGGAAGACGCUCGAUGGGCCUGCGGAGUGCUGUGCGGGCGUGGCCCGUGGCGGAGGCCGCCGGCAAGCCGUCGCUGCCGCUGUUGGUGCUGCUGGUGCUGCAGACGGGCUCCUGGGCACCGGGGGCGGUGGCCUUCUACCUCCCGGGACUGGCGCCGGUCAACUACUGCAAGGAGGACGCCACCACCGCCCAGUGCCAGUCGAACGUCAGCUUGUACGUGAACCGGCUGACAUCGGACGAGUCGGUGCUGCCGUACGAGUACCACCACUUCGACUUCUGCAAGACCAAGGAGCCAGUGUCACCGGUCGAGAACCUUGGGCAGGUCGUCUUUGGUGAACGCAUUCGCUUGUCACCUUACAAGAUCCGCUUCCUGGAGAACGCCACGUGCGUGCCGCUGUGCAACAGGACGUACAGCUCCGAGGACCCCGCCUCCGUGAAGAGGCUCGAGAAGCUCAAGAAGGGCAUGCUCAGGCAGUACAUGCACCACUGGAUCGUGGACAACAUGCCGGUCACGUGGUGCCGCUCGACGAGCGAUCUGAGUGGCCAGAUGUGCAGCAUGGGAUUCCCCAUGGGCUGCUACACCUUCCGCAACAGCAUUCCUCGGGGAAUGUGCGGCGUCUACUCAGCCUACUCCAAGCCGGAGACGUUCUACCUGUUCAACCACGUGGACCUGACCAUCUCGUACCACAAGAGCGAGAAGGAGUCCUGGGGAAGUUCCUUCAUCGAGGAAGGAGGGCGCAUCAUCUCCGUCAAGGUGCAGCCCCGAAGCAUUUCGCACAAGCACGGCUUGAACUGUGACUCCGGCGAGCCCAUGGCACUGAGCUCGAGCGAGUUCAAAGGCCAGCUGACAGUCCCCUACACCUACAGCGUCGCAUUCGUCAGGAACGACCGCAUCCGUUGGUCAUCUCGGUGGGACUACAUCCUCGAGUCGAUGCCCCAGGCCGACAUCCACUGGUUCAGCAUCGUGAACAGCGUGGUCAUUGUGCUGUUCCUCACCGGCAUGGUGGGCAUGAUCCUGCUGCGCACUCUGCACAGGGACAUCGCGCGCUACAACGAGUCUGUCUCCGGGGAGGAGGCCCAGGAGGAGACCGGCUGGAAGCUGGUGCACGGAGAUGUGUUCCGUACGCCGGGCAACAGCAUGCUCCUCUCGGUGUUCGUGGGCAGCGGCGUUCAGAUCUUCUUCAUGACCUUCAUCACGCUGCUGUUCGCCUGCUUUGGCUUUCUGUCGCCGGCUAACCGUGGGGCCCUGAUGACUUGCGCCAUGGUGCUGUUCGUGUGCCUAGGGACUCCGGCUGGAUACGUAUCGGCGGUCAUGUACAAGACAUUCGGCGAGUAUCGGUGGAGGCUGAACAUGUUGCUGACGGCGCUGGUGUGUCCUGGCGUCGUGUUCUCCGUGUUUUUCGUUCUGAACCUUCUGCUCUGGGCCAAGGAGAGCUCUGCCGCCAUCCCCUUCACGACCUUGAUCGCGCUGCUCGCGCUGUGGUUCGGCAUCUCGCUGCCGCUCUGCUUCGUGGGCGGCUACUUCGGCUUCAAGCGCAAGGCCAUCGAGUAUCCCGUGCGGACAAACCAGAUCCCGAGGCAGAUUCCGGCGCGCAGCCUUUUCACGGAUCCCUUUCCGGCCAUUUUCAUGGGCGGCGUCCUGCCGUUUGGCUGCAUCUUCAUCCAGCUCUUCUUCAUCCUCAACUCUAUCUGGUCCAGCCAGAUGUACUACAUGUUCGGCCUUCUUUUCCUGGUAUUCAUCAUCCUCAUCAUCACCUGUUCCGAGACCACGGUGCUGCUCUGCUACUUCCACCUCUGCAAUGAGGACUACCGCUGGUGGUGGCGUUCGUUCCUGUCGAGCGGCAGCUCGGCGCUGUACCUGUUCUUCUACUGCGUCUACUACUUCAAGCGCCUGAGCAUCACGGACACCGCGUCCACCUUGCUCUACUUUGGAUACACCUUCAUCAUCGUCUUCCUCUUCUUCCUGCUCACCGGAAUGGUGGGAUUCAUUUCUUGUUUCUUGUUCGUCCACAAGAUUUACGGAGUCGUCAAGGUCGACUAGGACUCGUCACGCAAUGCGGGCCGUCCCUCGCUCUCGGCCGUUGAUUUGGCUCUGUGCGGUCACUGUGGCCCAGCGUUGCGACAAGCGUGGUCAGAAAACAAACUAUACCACGUGUUCUUGGCGUUUGGGAAAGAGGAGAGGACAAGUUCUUCAGUGUGUUGUUAUGUUUUCUUUCUUUGAGUGCAGUCUUCUUUUACUUUGACAAAACACUGUUUUCUGUCACUGAAAAAAUAAAAUAAAAAGGAUACGGGG